GGUCCUCCGCCAGUCGCCCUCCGCCCGCCGCCCCGCGAACAGUCCUCCCGCCGCACGCUGCCACACUCACCAUAACGGCUCGCCACAAGCAGCACUACACCAAGAUGGAGGAGAAGGUGGUUGGUGGUAAAGAGAAGAAGUAUGUGUUGUACACGGUGGUGGGCGAGGAGCGCGGGCGCGCCGGCGUGGGCGUGUGGGUAGUGAGGGUCCUCCUGGGCACACUCCUGCUGGUUGCGCUGGCUGUCGUGCCGUACCUCUCCUUGCGGCUGGCGCAAGUCACCGACCGCACCCUGGUGGUGUUCCAGCCCGUGCCCGUCCGCAACCACUCCCUCCACCACCACCACGCCGUGGAUCACGGCAAGGUCAGCCAUGUGGACGUCGUGAGCUUCCCCGUAAGUGCCUCGCUCACCAAGGAGAAUGCCACGGCGGAGGCAGCCAACGCCACCACCAAGGCCUCGGCCACCAACUCCAGCAGUAGCAACAGCUCCUCCGGCAGCGGCACCGGCAUCGUCACCCUGCACGAGUCCGCCGUGACCCUUGCCGUCAUGGAGGACACCAACGCCACGCGGAAGCACGGCAAUGAGUCCGAGGUGGAGGAGGCCGUGGUUGAGGAGGACGCAGGGCAGAAGGCGGGCGUCGAGGAGGACAAGAAGGAGCCCGAAGAGAACGCCACCACAGAAGACGCCGCCAGCACGUCGGAGGCUCCAGCCUCGAUAGCGCAGGUGGCGGCCGUGACGGACCAGGCCAGCCCCUCCACGCCUCCGGCCGUCGUCGAGAACAACACCGGCGUCGUGAACACGUCGCCCGCCCCCCACCACGAGAGCAACGCCUCGUCCGCCGCCCCCGUGGCUUCGACCGUCGCCGUGGUCGCGUCAACGUCUCCGGCCUCGACGCCCCAGACGCCGCCCAACACGACCGGCAAGGCCGCUGCGCCCAGCGCGAGCAACGUGUCCACGACGCCCUCCACCACCACCCCGAAGACAACCACGAGCGCCACCACCACCAGCUCCACCAGCAGUCGCCGGCCGCUCGCCCACAAGUUGGUGUACAUGUCCACCUCCGCCUCCGGCAACCACGUGGGCGGAUUCUGCGUCUGGAAGACCGACAAGAACGUCACGCGCUGGUCCUACUUCUACGAAAACAUUCCGAUCGAAUACCAGAGCCACCAGGACUCCUCCGACCACGAGAUGCGAGGGAUGCUGGCCGCCGUGCGGACGUGGGCGCCCCUGUGGAACGACCACCACGUCGUGCUGCGCUCCCACCACCCGGCCAUCAACGGCGCCGACCACCCCACGCGCCGCUCCCUCACCCGCGAGCUCGAGCGCCUCUCCAACGGGCGCUUCACCUACGAGCUGGAGUGGCGCCUCAAGAAGACCGACCGCGUGGUGGACAUCGCCUACUGCCUGUCCCGCCUCCACCGCGACUUCGCCCACUGGUUCCGCACCUUCGAGGGCCGCGUCGACGAGCUGCUCGGCCGCCAGGUGUGGGCAACGGCCAGGAUUAAGAACCGCACGCCCAUCGCGCAGGACGCCUUCCUCACCGACGACCCCGAGGACGAGGAAAUCCGCGGCGACAAAUGAGGGGCCAGCACAGCGAUGCUAAGAAACUACCAAAGUGGACUCUUUAAAAAAAUUCAUAGAUUUAACAUGGAAAAAAAAAGAAAAAAAAGAGAGAGGAAAAAAAAAAAGCAAAACGUGACUUCGCAAUAAAAGUGGUCGGGUCAGAGUGUACAAGUUGAAUUAAAUAAUAGACCCUAAAGAAAUGCAAAAUGAAAUACCUUAUCCCAUGUGAUACCUGCGCUGCGUUGGGAAGGUUAGUGAAGGAAAGCGCCCAAGAGAUCCAUCUUUCUCCAGUGCCGUGAUUGCGCACCAAAAGGACCUAGUGAUUAGCUCUGAAUUAGAAGUCUACAGCUCCCUGGGCAAGAAGAAGGAAGUGCUACUGAAAGCCGCUGAAGUGAAUAUAGUGCACUGACUAUUAGCUGAUGAUUUUUUAAAAUAUAUAUCUAUAUAUAUUAUAUAGCAUGAAAAGAUAAAGAUGGCAUGAAGUUACCAAUUACUGUGCUUUUAUUGGAAAGUUAAAUGGAAAAUAAGAUAUUUACCCCAAGGUAAAAACAUGCGUUAAAAUACCUAAACGUAUAUAUUUGCUAGCAUGCUAAAGUAAAAAGAUAAGCAUAGUUUGUAUUUAUGAAACAUAAGAAUCUAGAUCUCAACUGAAAUCUCAAGAUAGAACGAAGCAUUAAACAUAAAAUGAUGAUGAUAGUGAAGAGACCGAAAUGAUGCAUUAUAAAUUAAAUUAGAGAAUUCAAAGUGUUAUAUAAAAUAAUCCGAACUUUUUUCCCCGUGAUACUCAGUAAUUCUAUAAAUAAAAAAUGGUGAAUAAAAAGGUAUCUUAAAUAAAUAAGUAAAUAAGUGAAAUACCUAAAAGAAAAUCCCUUGCCUGUUUUCAUGGGCGACACAUCCAGCAUAUUCUGACGUGUCUUGUAUAGUUUGUGAAUUUUGUGAUUACUCUGUACACAGUAAUUGUUUAUCCAAAUGAAUUAAAUAGAUUUAGGUAACUUUCAGUAUAUGAGUGGACUGUUUGUUGUAGAGAUCAUGGCUGAUACAGAUGUCCUUCACCAUCAUAGUCCGGUAGGCAGUGAGAAAUUUUGCAGAAAAGUUUGUUGUUCAUAUUGCGAGGAAGAUGAUCGGGAGAGCUUGCCGCCGGAAUAGCCUAGCUGUGGUGUUCGCGUGGCUGCGCAUCCCCCUCGGCGACCCUGGCCCGGCCAUCGGACCAGCGGAAGUCGGGGGUGAUGCUAUAUCUACUUACGUUAGAUUGUAUACAGAUAUACAAGGGAACACCCUCUCACACUGUGCAUGCUGAUGUGGAUGCGUAUGUGUGCAUGUGCGCAAACACACACACACACACACACACACACACACACACACACACACACACACACACACACACACACACACACACACACACACACACCGAACAAGCCGUAUCAGGCCAGAGACACCAUGUCACUGUAAAUAGUUAAUCAACCUGCUUCUCUCUUAUCCUUUGUUGUAAUUUGUAUGGCAGUUCAUUCCAGCUAUUACGAAUUCGAAAAAUCAACAAUCAAAAUUUAUCUUUAGAAUCAAAGACUAUACUAGACCGCCACCGAUUAUUUGUAUUCGACAGGUUUUGCUGUAAAACACCGUGGCAGAGAAUGCGUGGGACAUGUAGGUCUAUAAGUCACUUUAUAAAGCGAAUCCAAAAAAGCGAAAUAAUAACUUAUUCCCUAGAAUAUGCGGCGCAUUGGCGCGGCCCUCCAGCAGGGCGUUUAGUGAUUCAUCCCAGGAGAACCUCAUGGCCCGCACUCGCUCUGCGUUCUUCGGGCCCGAGCUGGACCCACUAGUGUGUACCGUAGUGUAGGUGUAGCCCCUGAGUGAGUAGUCGGGGUGUACAAAGCUUGGCCUCACUCGCGUUUCCCUUCUACGUUCAUAGUGGUAAACAUGACCAACUGCUUGUCGAGCUUCUAAUCGGGAUGGCCAUUAGCUUUCUGUCUUUUUUUCCGUGUUUUUUUUUCUUUUCUUUUCUUUUUUUUUUCUUUUUUUUUUACUUAUUACCGGGACCUUCCGAUCGCCAAGUUAGAGGCGGUGAGUAAUUUCCACCGUAAAUUCAAUCCAGGGUUUUUUAAUCCUUAGAAAGGGUAAGCUAGAACGUCAUAAUAAUCCUUGCGUCAGGUUACGAGCCAACGAUGUGUUAGCGAGAUUUGCUGUCAAGGGUUUUGUUUACUACAGAAACGUAGGUCUAGCCUUCUUCUGAGCUGUCCGCGAGCCGACCAGUGAGGGCUGGCCGAGGACAGGACUAUCUCUCACGCGUGUGCUUGUUUUCAUCACUUUAUGAGUGCUGUUACAACAGGUUAGCAAAUUUGUUAAUUUGUGCCUGUGAAGUGUGUGAAUAUAUAUACAUAUAUUAUUUUUCUUUUCACUUUCACGAAAGAAACAGUUACGAUAUCAUGCAUUUUAUGUACAUUAGGGGUAGCAGGGACGACUGUUUACAGUUAUCUGUUACAUAUGUAUAUGAUAUUAAAGGCGUCAGAUCAUUACGUAUUUUCGUUGAUCAUAAUAAAAGACACCUCUAAAUCAGCCCAAAGUAAGAUCAGAGUGAUUGUCGAGGAAGAGGAUUUAAACUUUACCUCAGCAGGGCCCCUUUUGUGACGGAAAUAAAUUAUUCUCUCAUUGGACAGAUUUUCGCCAACCCCUGCAUUCUAAACUUAACCAUGCAUACGCGUCAGUUCUGAUUCAGGGCGAAAGUUCGGAUCAGCGAUUGAUGCAGGAACAAAUGAAGACCUAAAAGCGAGAGCGCGGUUCAACAGACAUUCCAUCCUCGAAAACCAGCGGCUGCGGGAACUAGGCAGGAAAUAGAGGCAUUAUACAUUAUCAGAUUGGAUGGCGGAGGCAAGAGAAUAUGGCUGAGGUUGAGCUUAAAGUGGAACAAAUAGGUGGCUUUAAAGAUGGUGGAACUAAAAUAUAAUUGACCACACGUCCAGUAUAUUGUAUAAAUCCGAUUUAGGUGGGAUUUCGAUAUGCAGAAAAAAAACAAGGAUCAGAGUUUAUGAGUAUGGCCCGAUUCGCUGACGCUGUCGAAUAAACAUUCACUGAAAGAUGUUAUUUUGGGAAUUGUUAAUUUUAUGUAGACCAACAAGUGUAAAUAUGUUCGGAUUUCAAAGGAGCCUUGGAUAUAUUUUUUCAUUGGUAUUUAAAGAUGGUCAUAAUUCGGAAAGGACGCACAAAACGUAUUAAAAUAACUCGAAGUAAAUAUUACGACAUUAAUAGGAAAUCCAAGUGACCCUUUUACAAAGUGUCCGAGAAAUUAUCCGAAUACUUAACGCUGUAGUGAAGUGACAAGUUACUAUAAAAACUAAACUGAGUUGUGAAAUACUAUGUCCUUCGGUGGAACGGCAGGACUGAUUUUACAGUAGAUAUUAAAAAGAUUAGAAAGACUAUGAAGAUAAAUUAUGUCCGAUUCAUUCUUUUAUCGUUGAAUUCACAAUUUCAUCCCUGGUACAUAAAUCAGAUCUUACUUCAUGUUUAUCGCUCGUGAAAAAAAAAAUCAAGAGGCAAAAAUUUAGCUUCGAGAUCAUUCCUUCAAGAGUAAAACUGUGCAAUUCCCAGACGGUUAAGCAGAGAAUGGGAAUCCCAGUGUUUCAUGUUGAAGAAAAGAAUCCAACAGAUGUCGUCUCCGGCCGCUUUGGAUGCGCUGAGAGACACUUAAGUGCACAUUUAUGUCCUUCUCUCCACGACGCCUCUACGGCCAGGCCAGCAUCAUGCGGUCCUGCACCAGAAAACGCUAUCCCCUAUUGAUCCAUGCCUACAACCCCCAACCACCCUCCGGCCUGCUCUUGCUCUCUCUCUCUCUCUCUCUCUCUCUCUCUCCUUCUCUCUCUCUCUCUCUCUCUCUCUCUCUCUCUCUCUCUCUCUCUCUCUCUCUCUCUCUAUCUCUCUAUUCAUCUAUCUGUCGAUAUAUCUAUCUACCUAUCUAUCUAUCUCCCCUUGUAUUUAUCUCGAUAAAUCUAAUCUUAAUACUUUCUCCAUCUUUCUCUUUCUUACUCUCUUUCUCAUUCUCUCAUCCCCUUAUUCUCUUUCCCUCUCUCCCUCCCUCCCUCUUACAAUGGGCGGCAUCGGUAGUUACAUAAGAAUGAAUCUUUUCUGUUUCGCGAGAGGAAUUAGAACCUUGAGCUCCCGAGUGUCACCUAAGCCCUCCAGGCGGCCUUGAAGGUCCAUUUCGGAGAAGCUAGAUGAAUAGACGGGAGGAGGAGGAGGAGGCGCUCCCGAGCCGCAACUGCGUCUGCCAUGACUAUUGCUGUACUCCUACUGCAGACUCUAGGUCGUUCGAGUCUUUGGUAGUAUGUUGGGAGGUAUCUUCACCUUUCCUUGUUCUUCAUUACUUAUUUAGAUACACUGUUUUGCAGAAGUGAUGGCGAAUAGCGCAUUGGAAACUCAGCCACAUCCUAUCACAAAAAAAAAUGUUUUCCCUCCGAUUAAAAAAAGGGAAAAACAGAACGCGUUAUCCGACCGGCCUUUAUUACCUUCGAAAUUCUCUGUUAACAUUUCCCUCGCAUUUCCGGAUCCCAAUCACUUAUAUCGGACCGAGAUAUACCCAUAAUUUUCCUGAAAUAGAUUGAGACGUAAAAGGCCUUUAGUUACCAUGAUGAUUCAGGCCAAUCUGACAUCCAAGCUGUGACUUGCAUCCGAAUGUUGAUUACAUUAAUGAUGUUAGGGAAUAUUUAGGGAACAGAUAAGUGUUGAUUAGAGAAUGUCUAUCGGUCCCAGUGCUAUCAGGUCUCUAGGUAAUUUGGUAUCAUAUACACCAUGUAACAGGUAGAGACUGUGGGCGCUUAGAGAAUACAUUUUGUACUGCUUUUAAAUGGAUUUCAGUUCCGACAGCUCCACAAUGACGACGCCUCAUUAUAUGAAUGGUUCGCUGCAUACAUGUUAGAGAUCACUCUUAUAUAUAAAUGGUUUUAUUAAAUUCUUAGGGGAGACGAAGGUAAUGCCAGCAUCAUCCAGAGGCAUAGUGCAUAAACAGAGGAACCAGACGGGGGGGGGAAGCGAAAAUGUGAGCGUGCCGGCACCCAGCGAGUGUGGCACUAAAGAAAGCUAGAUCACUGCAGUGCUGCUCAUGACGUGGCUCUGCGCCCUGGGUUAUUGAGUCGAGUGCCGCUGUAUUAAAGGCUAAAGGGAGGCAGUCCGUGUUGCCUUCCCAAGCGGGUCUUUGAGAAGGUAAAAGAGAGACACUAUCGGCUUACUCUUGUCGAUGUUCUCAUGUCUGUGAAGUGAAGGUGAACCAGCAAGAUUUCUAUUAAUUAUAAGUGUGAUAUAUAAAAAAAAAAAUCAUUCUUUCACAAUAUACGCCAUCUUGCAGCUAAUUCAUUGUUACCUGAUUUGGGUUAUCCUUGGAACAUGAUCAUGUUAAUGGAAUUUAUAUACUACUUGUAGACACGUAUGUGCAUACUUUUUGCCCAUUUCAGAAUGCAGAAUGAGUUAUCAUUAAAUUAAACACAACAUUGCCAAUAUUUCAACAGCACAAUAUUUUGCACAAGUAUAUUGUCCCCAUUGUUCUGUUGAUAUACCUAUGUGAUGAAACAUAUUUCACACUUUAAGACUAAUUCAUAUGAUUGUGAAAAUCUCUUUUGUUACCUUUUGUGACAAUAAUAAGCCAUUAUCUUUUGUCUGUUUGUAUAUUUUGAGAAUAAAGCUUAUGAGGCUCAAA